CGCGCGAUUGCGACUGCGACUCCGCCAUUCGCAUCGGUCCUAGCAUCAGCAGGACCUUGCUCAGGAGACUACAGACAGAUAUAUUCGCCAGAUUUCGGUUCCAUCCGCCCGCGUGACCGAUAAGAACUCGCAGGGGAGGUAUAAUAUCGAUAGACAGACAAGAUGAGACAGUCUAGGGUGGCCAUUGCGGCCGCAGCAGUGGGUGCAUCGCUUGCUUGGGCCCGACCCUCGCCCUCGAUCCUGAGCGAUCUGCUCGACUCGGCUUCUAGCGCAUCAGCUUCGAUGCAAGGCGUAGCACUUGCGCCUCUCUAUACACCCACAAACCCUUCGGGCGAGUUCGCCUCGUCCCAAGUCAACAACCAUGGCUCGCCAAAGGACAACAUCAUUCCGGAUAGCUACCUCAUCGUCCUCAAAGACGACCUGACAGAUCACCAGAUCGAGGCGCACCAUCUCGCUGUCGAGCAAGCCCACGCCGAAGAUGUUCAAUUCAGGAUGAACGAAUACACUGCCCAGCGCCAAUCUCGUCAGGCUCGGGGCCCAAGACGUCACACCCCUACUGACUUCUCAGCCUCAGUCAGUGAACUCAUGGAAGAGGUAGAAUCCAUCCUCGAAUCCAUCACUGGCCCAAGCGAGAUCCAAGAGGAGUCCUUCUUUGACUUUGAAGGUCUCAAGCACAAGAUCAAGAUGCCCGGCUUCAACGCCUACUCGGGACACUUCUCAGAGCGCGUCCUUGACGCCAUCCGAGCUUCGCCUCUCGUCGCCUUUGUCGAAAAGGACAUCACUGUUCAGGCUCUGGACAUGCCUCAAGAUCCGUCAGUCGGAAUUACUGAUAUCGAAAAGGGCGCUCCCUGGGGUCUCGCUCGUAUCUCACACCGCAAGCCACUCAGCCUCGGCACUUUCAACAAGUACGAAUACGCUCAUGAUGGCGGCGAGGGUGUUGACGUCUACGUCAUUGACACUGGCGUCAAUAUCAACCACGAAGAGCUCGAGGGGCGUGCAAAGUGGGGCAAGACUGUCCCUCUGAACGAUGUCGACCAAGACGCAAAUGGUCACGGCUCUCACUGCGCUGGAACAAUCGCCUCUCGCAAGUAUGGCGUCGCUAAGAAGGCCAACAUCAUCGCAGUCAAGGUGCUCGGCUCGAACGGUUCUGGUACAAUGUCCGAUGUCGUCGCUGGCGUCGCAUGGGCAGCCACAUCCGCCGUCGAGAAGAUGAAGUCUGCUGCUGCAUCCAACGGAACCCACAAGGGUAGCGUUGCCAACAUGUCGCUCGGUGGCGGCAAGGCCACUUCGCUCGAUAUUGCCGUCAACCGUGCUGUCAAGGCUGGCCUGCACUUCGCAGUCGCUGCUGGCAACGAUAAUGCUGAUGCUUGCCGAUACUCGCCCGCUGCAGCAGAGGAUGCCAUCACCGUCGGAGCUUCCACUCUCGGUGACGAUCGUGCCUACUUCUCCAACCACGGCUCUUGCGUCGAUAUCUUUGCUCCCGGUCUCAAUAUCCUCUCCAUCUGGAACAGCGGCAAUACGUCGACCAACGUGAUCAGCGGCACCUCGAUGGCUUCGCCUCACAUUGCUGGCCUGGCUGCCUACUUCCUCAGUCUGUACCCGACCACUUUCUCACCUACGGCCGAAGACUUUGCCGCUGCUGGUGUUCCUAUGCCCGCAGAAGCAAAGGCCUUCCAUGAGGCUGCAGAGACGAUCGAGCUGUUCUCGUUCGGUACCUGGCAGCGAUCGAGCCAGGUCAUCAUGGAUCGUCUUCGCUCAUACGCAGGUCGCAAAGCUACCGCUACGGUCGCCAAGCCGCUUGAUCCCAAGGUGCUCAAGAAGAGCAUGGAACGUCUCGCCACCAAGGGCGCUCUUGCCGCUCUGCCCGCCAACACGAUCAACUUCACUUUUUUUCGCAUCCAUCGACGUGUACGCAAGAUCCCGAUCCUUCUGACCUUUCCCUCCAAGACCUGUAGCUCAUAG